AUGGACGGAGAACCGUUCAUAGCAGACGUCAGGGUGAACGGCACAGACUUUGUGCCAUCUCUUGUCGACUAUGGCUGCCUCUGCUACGGCGCGGUUAGCAAGCGCACAUUUCACUCUCUCCAGUUGCCACAUAUACGCGUCCAGCCGCGCAUCUUGGAGAAUGCAGCGGGAGACGGCAAGGAGGUCAAAAUCGACAAGAUCACGUAUGUGUCGAUCGACCUCGAUGGACAUCAGCAGCAUCGUGUUUUCAUGUACGUCAUCGACGAUCUUAACUGGGACAUGAUCCUGGGUAAACGAUGGAUGGAAGACCAGGAUGUUCACAUCCACGCAAAGGAAGGAUAUCUCGAGAUCGGGUCCAGUGGAGUUCAAGUACGAGACCGACGACGUUACCAGCCUCCCCAGCUAGACGUCUCUAAUGUCAUGGCCGCAACCUUUUUAGCGGAAGCACGCCGUGACAAACGCAAAGGCGGCAUUGGAGUUCACUCGGUCACAAUGGCGGAUAUUGACAAGGCCCUAAGACCGAAACCGAAGACUGACGUAAUGGAGAAGCUGCCACCACAGUACCACAAGUGGUCUCGAGCUUUCUCUCAGCAACUGGCCGACCAGCUGCCCCCUCAUCGGCCAGGUGUGGACCUGAAGAUCGAAGUGCUGAAAGACGAGCAUGGCCGAGAGAAGCCCUACCCUGGGGACCGCUUUACAGCAUCACCAGUCCUUAUGAGGGACCGCUAUCCCUUGCCCUUACUGAGCGAGACCUUGCGAACUAUAGCCAAGGCAAGGUGGUUCACCAAGCGGUACAUUAACAGCGCGCUCCAGGAUUACCUAGACGAUUUUGUAAGGACGCCAUUCCGUUGGGAUGGAUUGUGCGACGAAGCCUUCGAGAAGCUCAAGGACCUGUUGAUCACGGCCCCGAUCCUGCACACUUCCAUCCAGAAAGGAGACUAUCUUGAAGCAGACGCUUCAGGAUUCGCGUCGGGAGGCGUGCUCUUGCAGAGAGAUGAUAAGGCCGAAGCGAACUACGCUAUCCAUGACAAGGAGCUACUCGCCAUUCUCAGAUGUUUGGAGCAGUGGGAACCAGAGCUACGGGCAGUAGAGCACUUCAAGAUCCUAACGGACCACAAGAACCUGAGAUACUUCUACUCGGAAAGGAGGUUGACAGAGAGACAAGUGCGGUGGUCGGAGUUCCUGUCCAGGUUCCAAUUCGAACUCGAAUGGAGGCCGGGCCGCAAGGGCGGAUUGCCUGACGCACUCUCUCGACGGGACCAGGAUAUGCCGGCCAACCACUCUGAUGAACGACUAAAGGGACGCAUUAUGAGGCUAUUCCAAGAUGAUCACCUUAGAAGGGUCCCAAUAUCGACAUUGUCUACCAACACCGAGGGUGCCCAGGAAAUCAACUUCGGAAAAGAGAUCAGGAUAUUUGAAGAUGAGGAGUUACAGCAGCUGUGGCACGCCGCACGCCAAGAAGACAAGCUCUAUCAAGAACUCACGAAGCUGGUAGCAGAUGGAGCGAAGAACAAUAGAGGCCUGCUGUGCUUUAGAGAACGCGUCUGGAUACCCGGUUCGGAGCCGCUACGUACGAGGAUCAUCCAGGAAACUCACGACUCUCAUAUCACCGGACAUCCUGGAAGGGACCUCACGUACUCGACUCUGUCGAGACGCUUCUUCUGGCCGGGUGCCGCUAGCGAUGUACGUCGGGAUACAAAGAAAGGACUCCUAAAGCCGCUCCCUAUUCCGCAACGCAUAUGGAGCGAAAUUACCAUUGACUUUAUCACUGACCUCCCACCGUCGGGGAAGGAUGGCGCGACGAACUGCAUGGUGGUCACGGACCGACUCACCAAAGGCGUCGAACUCGAAGGAUUGAACGAUAUUUCCACAGAAGCGUGA